AGAGGUGGCCUUGAGGGCUUAAGUAAGUAGGUUAUCCGAUCAUCGAACCAGCACAAGAAACUGUCUGGCGGGCGACAGGAGCCCAGAGUGGGGUGGAGGGAGAUGCAGGCGAAUUGCAUUUUGAGGUCUGGGUUGCUGUUUGCCACUCUGUCUCUUGUCAUCGCCAAGCACAAGCAAUCUUCCUCUGCGAAAGGUUGUUACCCAAGGGGCACACUGUCCCAAGCUGUUGACAGACUCUACGUCAAGGCGGCAUGGCUCAAAGCAACAAUUCCAGAAGACCGCAUUAAAAAUAUACGAUUAUUAAAAAAGAAAACAAAAAAGCUAUUUAUGAAAAACUGCAGAUUCCAAGAACAGCUUCUGUCCUUCUUCAUGGACGAUGUUUUUGGUCAACUCCAAUUACAAGUCUGCAAGGAAAGACACUUUGUGGAAGAAUUUCAUAGCCUUAGGCAGCAAUUGAGCCGCUGUAUUUCAUGUGCUUCAUCAGCUAGAGAGAUGAAAACGAUUACCAGGAUGAAAAGAACAUUUUAUGGGAUUGGAAACAAAGGAAUCUACAAAGCUGUCAGUGAACUGGAUAUUCUUCUUUCCUGGAUUAAACAAUUCCUGGAAAGCAUCAAGUAAUACAAGAAGCCAAGUGCAUGGAUUUGAUUGUUAUUUGGGAAUAUAAUGAGAACCACAGGAAAUAAAUUUAUAAGACUGUAUUGCUUUUAAAAAACUUUUGUACAUGGUACUGAUACCAAGUUAGAUGACUAGGUAAAUUUACCAUGAUAAAGUUUUGGAGAUCCAUAAAUUAUCUCUAAUAUGUACAUUUUCUAUAUUUUCAAAGAAUACUUUCAUCCUGAACAUGUUUUAUUAUCCUCAAGUACACUUAAUUUAAAGCUGCAUAAUCAGAAUUAACUCAUGUAAUAUUUGUGGAGGAAAAAUGACAGCUUUCUGGAAUACAAUAUAAUGUUAUCGAGACUUCCAUAGAUGCUAUUGUGAUUAUUAUCUGCUUAAGGGUUUGUAUGACUUUUAAUUAUGUCUGGUGUGAACUUAGCUCCCAACAGAUCUUCAUGUUAAUAAGUAAACUGUGCUUCCUUCUCCUGGAUGUCCUUUCUAUGACAGCGUGCUGGAAUUUUAUUGAGUACAGUGGGUAACAACCAGAUCAGAUCAAAUGGGACAGACAUGUAAACUAACUGCUUGGAAUGGUUUAACGUGAAGCCUUUAACUCAAGCCUCAAAGACCACAAGCUACCAACCUGAGAUGCUGUCGGAGAUUGAUCAUGCUCCUUCCAGGUGCUGUACAGUUAGGAAAGUCGAUGGAGGUCAAAUAAAAGCCUCAAUGCAGCUGAAAUUCCUCUACAGGAAA